GUCGCCGUGACGACAGGGGUUGGGGCUGGCGCCGGCGCGCUAACAGUGGGAAUUCUUUGGUAUCUGUUCCGGUGCGUGCUCCUCCUUAGCAGCCAACGACUCGUUUUCUUCAGCGACCCAGAGUCUGCGUCCCAGCGCGGACUGGUGCGGGCUCCACGGCCCCAGUGGUAGCUAGGAGCCAUGCCGGCGGUUUUGGGUUUUGAAGGCAGCGCCAACAAGAUUGGCGUGGGAGUAGUACGGGACGGCGUGGUGCUGGCGAACCCGCGGCGGACUUACGUCACGCCUCCUGGCACAGGAUUCCUUCCAGGUGCUACUGCCAGGCACCACCGAACUGUUAUCCUGGACCUGCUGCAGGAGGCACUAACAGAGGCUGGAUUAACCUCCAAGGAUAUUGAUUGCAUUGCCUACACCAAAGGUAUGGCUGGGAGAAUUUCCAAUGACCCAAGUCCAGGCUACAACAUUGAACAGAUGGCAAAGCGAGGCAAGAAGCUAGUUGAGCUGCCAUACACUGUAAAGGGGAUGGACGUCUCAUUCUCAGGGAUCUUGUCUUUCAUUGAGGAUGUAACCCAGCGGAUGCUGGCCACGGGCGAGUGUACUCCUGAGGAUCUAUGUUUCUCCCUGCAGGAAACUGUGUUUGCAAUGCUGGUAGAGAUCACAGAGAGAGCCAUGGCACACUGUGGCUCCCAGGAGGCCCUCAUCGUGGGAGGUGUGGGGUGUAACAUGAGGUUACAGGAAAUGAUGGAGACGAUGUGCCAGGAGCGCGGAGCCCAGCUUUUUGCCACAGAUGAGAGAUUCUGCAUUGACAACGGAGCCAUGAUAGCCCAGGCUGGCUGGGAGAUGUUUCGGGCUGGACACAGGACUCCUCUCAGUGAAUCUGGGGUCACACAGAGGUAUCGGACAGAUGAAGUAGAAGUGACCUGGAGGGACUAACAAGAUUAACAGAAUCGGAGUAGAUAGCGCCCUAAGUGGAGCCCAAGGGACCCUGGGCCUUAAUCUUUAUCCUGACGUAAGAAUCCUGGCAAGGCUAUGGGUGCCCCUCUCCUAUCAUUUGACCCUCAAGAUGACUCAGCAUUAAAAUGUUUUUGUUUUUA